AUGCGUAGUGGUGUUAAUGAUAUUCUUCAAUCAAUGUUACUUUCAAUUGGUGGUAUACGUUUUCGUAAUUAUCAUAUUGAAAUGAAUUUAGAUCCAAAAGAACUUCAUCGUGAUAUGUUUUUUCGUUUAAUUCAUUUUGGUAAACAAUAUUUAUUAAAUAUAAGUAUUACAGUUGGACAUGAUAAUCGUGCUAUUAUUGAUGUAUCAAUUGAUAACGACAGUGGUCCAGCAUAUGCAUGUGAUGCUGGUUGUUUAGAUACACCAAAAAAACUUAGUACAAAAUCUGUUCGAUUUCCUGUUAAAAUGACAAGUUCAUCAACUAUAAUACUUUAUGUUACUGAAAAUAAAAGUCAACUAUAA